AUUGAGGAACUGCCUGGCGCGGGGUGGAAGGGGCGAAGCGAGGAGGAGAGCAGCGGUAGCAGCAGCAGCAGCAGAGCGUGCAGGGCUGAUUAAAAGGGACAUUGAUCGCAUCUCGAGGACUUAGGAAGAAAGAGGAGGAGAAGGGGGGCCGUGAAGCAAGAUGUGAGAAGCAGGAGAAGCAGGCAAAGCAAUAACACCGGUAGCGAGAGUAGGGUCUGUCUCUUCUCUCUAACGAGUUAUUUAAAUGCAUUUCCUUUUGCUGCACGCAAGAAAGGCAUCUGAGCACAUUUAAUUGGAUUUUUAUUCGGGGGAUGCAAAAAAGCAGAGGCGGUUAGGGAGGUUCAUUCGAGGAUUCAUUGACAAAAAGAAGAGGAAGGGGGAUUCCUGCUCCGUCCCUUCUCUCCACUGCUAACGGAGGCCGGGAGCUCGCCCGAGGAGUUCCCGAGUUGCGGCUGCCUUCGCCCCGGCUGCGCCCGUGCCCUCUGCCCCGGUGGUCCGCGUGGCCCUUUGGAGAGGGGCGUUUUCCACAGCCCCCCGCCGCCGCCCGCCUUCCCCGAUGCUAGAUACGCUCCGACCCGCCGCUCCUCCUUUCGUGGUGUCGGACAUGGCGCUGUGCAAGACGGUGGCGUGGCUCAACGAGCAGCUGGAGCUGGGCACCGAGCGCCUGCUGCUGAUGGACUGCCGCCCGCAGGAGCUGUACGAGUCGUCGCACAUCGAGUCGGCCAUCAGCGUGGCGCUGCCGGGCAUCAUGCUGCGGCGCCUGCAGAAGGGCAACCUGCCCCUGCGCGCCCUCUUCGCCAGCGGCGAGGAGGAGCGCGAGAAGUUCGCCCGCCGCUGCGGCACCGACACCGUCGUCCUCUACGACGAGAGCAGCAGCGACUGGAACGAGAACACGGCCGGGGACUCCGUCCUGGGGCUGCUCCUCAAGCGCCUCAAAGACGACGGCUGCAAGGCCUUCUUCCUGGAAGGUGAGGGGUUAAGCGGAGCGGGAGCGGGUUCCCCGGAAUCCAGUCCUGCCUUCCUUCCUUCCUUCCUCCCCUCCUCCUCCAUCCCCGGCCCCCCGGCGCCUUCGGAACCGCCCCCUUCCCCUCCAGCCGCCAGGGGAGUGUCUAGACGCCAGCCCCCUGCGUCUGGGCGCAAGACAUCCUCGCCCCCUAUUGUACGCAGCGGAGCGUUGCCAGAUGGCCCCUGAUUGGGGGAGAAGGAAGGAGAAAGAAAUCCCAGAGGAGGAAAACACCCCCACCCCCAUGCUGGGCAAAUCUCACUGCUUUUAAUACCUGCCAGGGAAAGCCAUAGGGCAGGACACACACAAACCCCUUUGCCUAAGUUGUUUAACAUGGGGCAAUAUAUCCGAGGGACAAACUUUGAAAAUCCCAACUCCUGAAGGCUGUUAGAUCUUUUUCCUAGCAAAAAAAACUCAUGUGAAAGAGCGACUCGGGUUUGCGGGGGUGGGUUAGCAGAAGGAACUGGGUCCAUCUCUCGGGAGGUGUUUAGCACCUGAAUUGAGUUCACAAUCCUUUCAGACCGAUAUUCACUCAUGGACAGUUCUCUCACACACCCUUUCCAUUCCCGCCUGCCCCCCUCCCAGCUCAGCCGAGCCUUUUCGUUUUAAAUCCUUGCUGAUCUAUCGCAAAGUCACUCCGAAAUCUGCCGGCGGCUCUAAAUCUUCUGCUUGCUCCUCCUCCCUCCAGUCAAACUAGGCAAAACCCCGGGGAUGAGUCUGGCGUUACUAGGUCAAAGUGUUACGUAUAGGGAGACUAGGGGUGAUACGGUGGUGCAGUAAAACGGCCUGCUUUAUACUGCUGGGACUUAAAAGGCAGCCGCUUCAAAGGAGACGUGCCCUGAAGGGAUGGUUUUGAUAACCCGAUUGCUUCCUCCCUCCCUUUCUUUGGAAGAGCAAAGGCUCUUGCAAAAUCUUGGGAUAGGAAGUGGAGUGGGGGAAGAGCUAUAACCCCUUCUGUGCUGUCCUCUUCAGUUUAGGGCUGUUCAGUGGUUCCUCCUUAUAGCUCAUUUCUUUUAUGAUGGGUGGAAUAUGCAUUUUACACCGAUUAGGCAAAGAAAACCUUAAAAAGUGUCAUUGCAGAAAUGCUGGCAACUGCCUGCCCUUUAACAUUACUCUGAAAUUUGUCGUCUGAAUCCGGGCUGUUUCACUUUGCCUAAUGUUCCUUCCUGUGCAAGUAAAAGGAUCCAGUGUAUUUAUUGGUGGGCAACAGAAUUCUGCUUUCCAUGGCGGAAUAAGUGAUGGCUCCUUUGCAUUUUGCAGCAUCUCCAUUCUGUCAUUCUCAGGGCUGUCCAUUCAUUUCCUAAUCCCCCUUCCUCUACUGAACUCCACAGGAGCAGCAUCUGCCACUACUAUUUUUUUAAUCCUUAAUCUGACAGCCGUGAUAGAGGGGAAUCCCCUUCUUUUUUUCCAACCUCCCUAGCUCCCAGUUUUAUUUCUAAUGGUCUGAAACAGAGGAAGCUAGCUGCCUUCACUGUCUGGCUUCAAGCAAAAGUCCAUUGAACCUGUUACACCACUACAGAGCUAUGUCUCUUCUCAAACUGUAUGUUGUUGUGUGGCUUUCUGCUUCUGCAUCUUACAGCUAUAGAACUGACCCCGGAGGUGUGUGGGGUGGUAGUGGUUCGGAAGGCCUUCAUGUGAUCUCUCAUCCAAAUUAUUUCCUUUCUUUUUCCUUUUCUUCCCAGGUGGUUUCAGCAAGUUCCAGGCAGAGUAUGCUCUGCAUUGCGAAACUAACUUGGACAGUUCAUGUAGCAGCAGUUCUCCCCCUCUGCCAGUCCUGGGCUUGGGUGGCCUCCGAAUCAGCUCCGACUCCUCUUCGGACAUUGAAUCUGACAUUGACCGAGACCCUAACAGUGCCACCGACUCUGACGGCAGCCCCUUGUCCAAUAACCAGCCUUCCUUCCCGGUGGAGAUCUUGCCCUACCUCUACCUGGGCUGUGCCAAGGAUUCCACCAACUUGGACGUUCUAGAAGAGUUUGGCAUUAAAUACAUCUUGAAUGUCACCCCCAACCUGCCUAAUCUCUUUGAGAAUGCUGGCGAGUUUAAAUACAAGCAGAUCCCCAUCUCUGACCACUGGAGCCAAAACUUGUCUCAGUUUUUCCCUGAGGCCAUCUCUUUUAUAGGUGAGAUUUAGUUUAUAAUAAUUGCAAAGUGAGCGUUGGGUGUGUCUUGUGGUAGCAUAAUUAUGCCUGCAAUCCUCAAUGCACCUGCCUGGGAGUCAUCCCUGUUAAAUUCAGUGGGACUUGCCUUUGAGUAGAACUGUACAGGAUUAUGCUGCAAAGUAUUAGCAGUAUGGCUUGUUUAAUAUUUAUUUAUUUUAAUGUAAUUUUCAGCCUUUGGGGAUCUAACAAAUAGCAAGAUGCUUCUGCCAGGGUUUAGCUAUUGUUAAAGCUUGUAAGAAGAAGAAGUUGAUCUUUUAGAUACCUGUAUUUUAAAGUCAUAAUUUCCAUGCCAGCAUAUUUGAAUUUUGUCCAGGAAAACUGUAUUUUAAAAGAAAGCAAGUAAUUUUUAAAAACACAAUAUAUAGAGAGAUUCCAGUGUUUUGGUAGUUAAUUGAAUGCAUUCAUUCCCUUUUUUAUUUAAUUCUGCCUGACCUGAUUCCUCAAUUCCUUAGACUUGUAUGCUCCCUCAAACAGUGUACAUCUACUCAGAAGUAUACCCCCUAGAGCCUCCAAGCUUUCAUUUCUGUACCUACUCACGUGGAAGCAUGCCCUAUUGAAUUUAGUCUAGAGUGUUCCAUAAAAACCACUGUUUUCUCAGAAGCAGGUAUUGCCCUAAAAUAUAUGAGAAGUGCUGAUGAGUACAUUUAGACUCCUUCCCCUUCUCUUUGUGAAUUAGUUCAGUUAUGCUCCCCACCCCCUCUUUGGGGAGGGUCAUUGUGUUAUCUGCCAGUGAAUACUGUGCUGUAAUCUGAUUGAGUGAUACUGGUAAUAGAGCAGAAUGUAGGUAAUCUGAGCCCAGCAAGAAGAAACUGUAGGCUGGAAACCACAAAGAAACUAAUCUCCAGGCAUUAUAAUGCAUUUCCUAUUACAAAGGAACCCAUUUUCUGGCAAUGUUGACAUCCUGUUUCUCCUAAUGGGCUGUCCCCUGUGACUUCUCUCUUCCUUUUAAAACAGCUGAAUACCUCCAUUGUUCAGCUGCACUGCACAACAGUUGGAGAAUAAUUUAAUAGACCUUUGCAAUCUGCUUGUCUCCAUUAAAAAAAAAGGUGGCAUUGUAAGGUUUCCCUAUUUAUAUGCUAGGGCAAAUGUACACCAAAUUAUUUUUGUGACCGAUUAGUAUUAGAACUUAUGAAGUAUUAUUUAGUAUUAGUCACUUACCUGAGAAGGUCUCCAAGCAAUUUACAUUUAACAACGUCAACACAAACGCAUUAUGCCGUAAAAGAGAGCGGAAAAGUCACAUAAAACACUUCAUAUUUCUGUAGUACAAAACAAGCCCUUCCAAUGUUGAUGGAAUCUUCUAAAACCACAGAUCAUCAACCACAUACCCACCAUAAGCUGCUUCUGUGACUGACAGCAUGUUGUUGUUUAUUGCGGCUCAUGUUACAACACAUAGGCAGGAAGGUGUGUGGGGGGGGGGAACCACAUCUGCUUUUUUCUGCCUCUGACCCCCAACUGCAGAAUAACAUGGCUGGAAUAUGGUCAGAACCAGCCUAUAACCAAACUGCGUGGUCAGCAGAUUUGCACACUGCAGUUCCUCUUGUAGUCUACUUCAGAUUACAGGUGUAGGUUUACCCUCUGGAAUAUUUCCUAGUAAGCAAAAAAUAUUCCCUUUUGCACAUCAAAUUAGGCUAGAACCAUUUAUGCUGCUCCUAGCUGUGUCUCUGGUGUCCAGGGAGUAUGUUUUAGUUCUUGAGCAUCCGAACAGUUGGUCUCACCCUGUAGGCUUCCUGGUACAGUUCAACAAAGGCUGUACCACAUAAUUCUGUUGAAGGUGUAACUUGCUUUCAUGUUGUUCCUGGUGCAUUCAAAGCUGGUGUAGGUUCAAGGCCUGAGUUCAGAAGACCUCUGCCUAGAACUCUUCUAUAAGUCUGUUAUUGGGAGGGCAAAUAAAGCAAGGCUUUGAAAACGCUAUGCAAAGCGAGCCUGGAGGAUGGGAGUAGGAAGGAAGGCGAUGCAAAUUCUAUGAGGAGCUCACAAAGCUCUCUGUCAUGUUUGGUCUCAUCUAGUGGCAUGACCUUUAGGCUGGGAGAAGAAGAGAGAUCUCACGGUUCUUGUCUUUGUCUUGUUUCCUCCACAGAUGAAGCUCGUGGGAAGAAUUGUGGCGUGCUUGUGCAUUGCCUGGCAGGGAUCAGUCGCUCGGUCACCGUGACGGUCGCCUACCUGAUGCAGAAGCUCAACUUGUCCAUGAACGACGCCUACGACAUUGUCAAGAUGAAGAAAUCCAACAUCUCCCCCAACUUCAACUUCAUGGGCCAGCUGUUGGACUUUGAGAGGACUCUGGGGCUCAACUGCCCCUGUGACAACCGCGUCCCCAGUCAGCAGCUGUAUUUCACCACCCCUUCCAACCAAAAUGUCUUCCAGGUGGACUCCCUGCAGUCCACGUGAGCACCAGCCACGUCCCAGCUCUUCCAGCCUUGGGUUGUGUGAUCAUUCCUCCACGAUGCUUCUCUUUGACAGCAGCAAAGGAAUCCAGCUCUCUUUUGUGGAUGCUGCUCUUGAGCAGUAGCCGGCCUGUGUGCUUAAAAAUAAAAAGGUUAACAAAGUUUGGAAUCUGCUAUUGCAAAGGGAGGGAACCAGCCGAGUUCUCCCGGGGGGGAAACAACCACCAUAAACUCUUCAGACCUUGCCUCUAGGUAGGCCAUGCAUUUUUGCUCGAUGCACAAACCGCCACCUAUACAGUGACUUGGAACUGAGGACUUCCAAACACAGAUGGGGGGAGGAAGAAUGGACACUAUAUGAGCACAUGUAAGACUGGGGAAAAUGUAUUCAAUGCAUUUGUAAUAUAUUGUGUUGUCUUCAGUGAAGACUAAUUGUGUGCCCCCCCCCCCCCGCAAUUUUGAUUUAGAGGAGCCAAAGAGAGGUUUAAGCUCAAAUGUGUUUGGAAUUUUUGUUUGCCAAGAGCUUUGUAAUGCUUGGCUUGGUUGAUGUUAAAAAGUUUUAAAUCCUGAAUCAAUAAGCAACAUCAGUAAAAUGAUAGGUACAAGAGGUCAGCUCAAGAGGCGUCAUUUCUCUCUCCAUUCUUCCUUUUGUAUGCAAAGGAUACAUUUUUGCAGCAUGCUUGAUUUUACUGUUGAAAUGAGGCAAACUUGCUUCCUUGUUUAGGGAAUCUGUGUCUAUGCUUUGGGGUUUGUUUACUCGCAUUUUGUGAAUGGAUAAAGUAUCUUUUGUGGUGAUUAUAUAUAUAUAUAAUUUUCUUUUGCAGGGGUGUGCCAUCAACAUAGGGUCUCUUUAUGACUUAAUUUGGCCUUACCUUUUGUAAAUAGCCUCGUUUGCAUUUUUCUUUUGGAAGAGAGUUACGUCUUCAGAACAGAAGAUUCUUUUUUCUGUAAAUUAUCAAAUUAAAAACAAAACAAAACGAUUUUGUGCUAAACAGUGCAUUACCUCUGUACAAACUCUUCAGGGAGCUUCACCUCAAAUGCAAUAUCUUGCAUUUAUUUUUGUAUAAAACUGGAAGUGUGUGUGGGUGUGAGCAUGUGUACCUGUGUAAUAUGCAAGAAGGUCUUGCACACAAUUGUCAAUAAGGGAGUGUCUCUGAUUUGCCAGUGUAAAAGUUGGGAUUUUAUUCUAAGAAUGUUGAGAUCAUAAAUUAUUAAUAAAUAACUAUUUUUGGCUAUUUGAGAAUUGAG